AUGCUGAUGCAGAUGCAGGCGUCCUGCCGUGCGGCAUGGGUUGUCCAUGAGGCAUUUGCUGCCUCUCUGGGGAGGAUCGCAGAGGAGCUCCAAUGGGCAACGACAGACAGUACACGAUGCUUUUCUUUGAUCGAGGUGCGAGAGGAUCACCGGGCCUGGGGAGACGGCUCUAUCAUCGUUGUUGGCGGAUUGGCCGCCAAACCGCCGGUCAACAAAUGGAUGGGCAGCGUCUCACUGGCUGACGCAGCCAUGACCGACAACUCGGCCGAGUACAAGAUCCUUCUGUUUGGUCUCAGAAAAGCUCAAGCUUAUAACCUGAAUUGGCUCCAUGUGUAA